AACCCACAAAACGAAAUAAAAAUAAACACACCUUUCGUCUUUUGCCUAAUUUACAAAAUUUUCAAGUUCUGUUUGUAACCAUUAAGCGCGACACACGCACACUCAUUCCGUUUACCAUUGAAGAAGUGUGACGCGUAGCCGCUCACCUUGAGAGCCACUCCGUUAGGCCCGCUGCCACCGUUAAAGCCCCAAGAGCAACCGCAUCACGUCUAUUCAGAUACUAUUGACCCUGUCAUAUAGCGAAUUUGUAUAUACAUAUGUAUAUACGCAUAUAUGCAUACAUACGCAUAAAAGUUGUUGCUUAAUUAUAGAAAAGCUCUCUGUAAACCGCCUCAUCAUCUUCCACAUCAUGUCUUUGAAUAACAGAACACGCCGUCAACUGCUGGGUGUACAAAUGACAACCGCUGCAUCCACAUCGCAACAUGCAUCAUCGACAAUGAUGGCCAGCAGUAGUAGUUCCGGGUCCACGACGACGACGACGACAUCGGCACCCAGUAGCUCAGCGGUCCGUGCAUUGGCCAUGGAAUACAAGUCGCUGCAGGAGGAGCCUGUCGAGGGGUUUCGCGUCAAACUAAUCAACGAUGAUAAUCUCUUUGAGUGGGAGGUGGCAAUUUUUGGGCCGCCCGACACACUCUACCAGGGCGGCUACUUCAAGGCACACAUGAAAUUUCCACACGACUAUCCAUAUUCGCCGCCCUCCAUACGCUUCCUAACUAAGGUGUGGCAUCCGAACGUGUACGAGAAUGGGGAUCUGUGCAUAUCUAUACUGCAUCCGCCGGUGGAUGAUCCACAGAGCGGCGAGCUGCCCUGCGAACGCUGGAAUCCCACACAGAAUGUGCGCACCAUUCUGCUGUCGGUAAUCUCUCUCCUAAAUGAACCGAACACAUACUCGCCGGCGAAUGUGGAUGCGUCGGUCAUGUAUCGCCGAUGGCGGGACUCACAGGGCAUAGACAACGAGUAUCCGAACAUCAUACGCAAACAGGCACUGGCCGCCAAUGCGGAAGCGAAACGGGAGGGCAUUGUAGUACCAAUGACUCUAGAGGACUAUUGUCUGAAGCCGGCACGCAAGCCAACCACAGAGUCUGGACUGGAUGCCAAUUUCUACGAUGAUGAUUUUGAUUUAGAGACGGAAGAUGAUUUGCCCACAGACGAUGAUGAUUUCGACGAGGAUGAUGAUGAGGAGGAGGACGAAGAUGAAGAAGACAGUACGUCUCUUAACAAAAAUAAUGGCAGUGCCACAACAGCAGCAGCCGCGUCCUCUAAUUCUAAGUGCAGGAACAACAAUGGCUCCGUCGGCGGUGUCGCUGCAGCCGGCGAUGCCAGCGCAGAGUCCGCGGACGACAGCGGCAAGGGCGAGACCACAUAAUGUCUAGCAUCUGCGCAUAGGCUGCGUAGCAUUUAAAUGGAUAAGCAUUAGCAACGUCCGAGUCGGAGAUGGCAACGUGUGUGCAACGACGUGGCGCCGAUUCAAAGCGCUUGUCUUUCAUUUUCUUCAACAUUAUUAUGAUUAUGCUAAUUAAAAAAGUUCUGCAACGCAAAAAAAAAAAAAAUUAACAAAACAGAAUGCUAAACAUUUUUAGGCCAGUAAGUGUGGGCCGGCGGCAAGGGGCACACAUGGUGCGGCAUUCUUGGGUUAACGAAUCCCAAAAAACUAGUCGAUUCCAAGCUGCUUGUGCAACAAACCGGUAAAAGCAAUUGUAAGAGUUCAGGAACUAAUCCAUGGGUUUCUUAAGAGCGGCUUAAAACGACACCCACUCAAACUGUUCAUUAUCAUUUAAUAAACUCAACAUAUAUAUAUAUAAUUCUACAUAUAUAUAUAUAUAUACUAGGCAUAAAAUUAUUAUUUAAAAAUACAAACACACACCUUAUAUAUACAUACAUACAUAUAUACUGCUAAAGUGCUACAGCUGCAGAUUUUAAAGAGAAGGUAAACAACUCAAGCUACUAUCCUAAGGAGAAUGAAUGGAAGAGAAACGGAAAAACAAGAUAAAUAUACAAUCAACGGAUUUCAAGUUAAAAAAGCAAAUAUGCAACGUAGCAAUUAAGCAAUUUUUAAGUGCAACAAAUAAAAGAAACACCAACUGCAAUAAAAA